AUGGCCGUGCUGCACUGGCACCUGUACCUCAGCGCCCUGGGCUGCUGGGUGACACAGCUCUCCAGCUCCUUCCUGCUGCCCAAUGCCACUGAGCUGCUGUCCCCGCCCGGGGGCACGGCCGCGGGGCUGCUGUGGGGCGCGGGGGUCCCCCGGAGCCGUCGGAAGCGAUACCUCUCCCCCCACGACAUGAGCGUGAUUUUGGAUUACCACAACCAAGUGCGGGCUCAGGUGUCCCCCCCUGCUGCCAACAUGGAGUUCAUGGUGUGGGAUGAGCGGCUGGCCAGGGCAGCAGAGGCGUGGGCUGCGCGUUGCCUGUGGGACCACGGGCCCCCUGAGCUGAUGAAAUAUGUGGGGCAGAACCUCUCCAUCCAGUCAGGCAGGUACCGCUCGGUCACGGACAUGGUGAAAUCCUGGCACCAGGAGAAGCAGCACUACUCCUUCCCCCACCCGCGGGAGUGCAGCCCCCGCUGCCCCAGCAAGUGCAGCGGCUCCGUCUGCAGCCACUACACGCAGAUGGUGUGGGCAACCUCCAGCCGCCUGGGCUGUGCCCUGGGCACCUGUGCCAACGUGCAGGUGUGGGGCAGCACGUGGCGGCACGCCAUCCUCCUCGUCUGCAACUACGCCAUCAAGGGCAACUGGCUGGGAGAAGCACCGUACAAGGUGGGGCGGCCGUGCUCAGCCUGCCCCCCCAGCUACGGCCGGGGCUGCUCCAACAACAUGUGCUUCUCCGGAGUCAAAUCCAACCAAGUCAGCUGGUUCUAG